AUGACACGAGAACAAUACAUACUAGCAACACAGCAGAAUAACCUGCCAAAGGCUGAGAAUGCACAACUGUACCCUGUGGGCAUUUAUGGAUGGCGAAAGAGGUGCUUAUACUUCUUUGUCCUUCUGCUGUUGGUUACCAUGAUAGUUAACUUAGCCAUGACAAUUUGGAUAUUGAAAGUUAUGAAUUUCACUGUGGAUGGUAUGGGAAAUCUGAGAGUCACCAAGAAGGGAAUUCGACUUGAAGGUAUAUCUGAGUUUCUACUUCCAUUGUAUGUGAAAGAAAUUCAUUCCCGAAAGGAUAGUCCACUGGUCUUACAGUCUGACAGGAAUGUAACAGUGAAUGCAAGAAAUCACAUGGGGCAGUUAACUGGACAGCUGACAGUAGGAUCUGAUGCUGUGGAAGCUCAGUGUAAAAGAUUUGAAGUGAGAGCGAGCGAAGAUGGCAGGGUGCUGUUUUCUGCAGAUGAAGAUGAGAUUACCAUUGGGGCUGAAAAGCUGAAAGUUACAGGCACUGAAGGAGCAGUAUUUGGGCAUUCAGUCGAGACACCUCACAUCAGAGCAGAACCUUCCCAAGACCUCAGGCUUGAAUCACCAACCAGGUCCUUGAUAAUGGAGGCUCCUCGAGGGGUCCAGGUGCGAGCUGCUGCAGGAGACUUCAAGGCCACCUGCAGGAAAGAGCUGCACUUGCAGUCUACAGAGGGCGAGAUAUUUUUGAAUGCGGACACAAUUCGGCUGGGAAAUCUGCCGACCGGCUCUUUCUCAUCGUCACCCAGCUCUUCAAACACUCGGCAGACAGUGUACGAACUGUGCGUCUGCCCCAACGGCAAACUGUACCUUUCUCCAGCAGGACUUGGCUCCACCUGCCAGUUCAGUAGCAACAUCUGCUUGUGGAGCUGAAGUGACUGAUUCCUCCUCACACCAGAAUAGCCUUUUGUUCCCGUCUGUCUGCUUCACGGUUCUGCUCGGUUUCCCUUGUGAUCAGUCCAGAGCUUCUUCGAAUGGUCCACAGGUCAACUUCCUCCGGCGUAAGCAGGGACUCGCCUCCACCUGCUCCUGUGAGUUACUGUACCGCUCAGCACGGAGGGUGUGCGUGGCAGGACAGCUGAAACUCGUCUUCAGCAGGAAAGAUGGAUCAUCACUUUUGCUCAAAGGGAGAAUAACAUAGGUGCCUUUGCUACAUGAAGUGAAGCACACAGUUUUAGAUUUUUGCAGGACCUCGAUAUGAACUGCACAUAUGACCAUUACACAGAUGAAAUUCCCAGUGUCCAAUGGAAAGAUGAAAUGGUUAACCCUGUGAGAAAACUAACACUAGAGUCUGAAAGCACAAUUUUCCAUUCAUCUUUUUAGAUGUACACUUCCCCCCACCCAGAAUUUUAAAAUUUUAAAGCAUUAUGUAAUGCUUGCUUUACUAAAAAUUAAAUUCAAUACAUGGUUUUUAACAAAACAAAACAAGACAGAACCCCACCCUGAGUUUUGUUUCUUUACAUUCAGUGUGUUGUUACUCUUUGUCUACUAUGUCAAGAAUUUUGUACAUUAGCUAAUUUUGAAAGCACUCAGCAAUAUAUUUACAGAAUUAACCAUAGGCCACCAUGCUGUCAUUUGUCAGGUCUGAAUGUCCUUAUGUAGUAUUUACUUGGCUAUUGCAUGUGACAUAUUUACUUUUAGCAAAACAUCUAAUUUAUUGCCAUAUAAGAUAGGAUUAAGAGGGCCAUACAGGUGGUGUGGAUCCACAUGCUAUUUGUUACACGGAGGUUCUAAUGGUACAAUUUUUGUUUGCAGCGUUCACUUUAUACUUGACUCUGACUGAUAAAUUCAUACAUCCUCUAAAUAAAUGAAUACUAAUGUACUGCAUAGUGCUGAGAAUGGGUUCACUUUCCACUGGAAUAUCAUCUUCAGAAGUAUAUCUAUGUAUUUUUUCACUGGAGAUCAA